UAUAACAUUUGCAUGUUAGUAAAAAUGUUGAAAUAUGUACAUAAUAAAGUUAGGCUGGGAAAAAACUUGAACCUGUUUAAAAAACAAAAUCUUUCUGCCGUUAAAUCAUCUGAAAAUCAAAACUUUGUAGAUGGUCGCAGAUGUCUGCCACAGUUACACACUUCAUCGAAAGUUAUUAAUAACAUUAAUCCUGGAACUGGGGCUAUUAUUGGCCAGUUCUAUUGUUCUGGAAAAGAUGAGCUUGAAAGAGCAGUAGCUAAUUCAAAAGAGGCUUUUGAAGUUUGGUCACACCAGACUGUAUCUGAACGCAGCAGUAUUUUUAGAAGAGCAGCAAAAGCAAUUCGAUCAAAGAAACUUGAUAUCGCAAGACUUGAAACCAUAGAUACAGGGAAAACCAUAACAGAAUCAAGCAUGGAUGUAGAUGCUGUUAUUGAAUCUUGCAACUAUUAUGCUUCUUUAUGUUACAUGCUUCAUGGUCAACAAAUACCUGUGCAUAAUGGUGCUUUGGUAUACACUGUGAGAGAACCACUUGGUGUAUGCUUAGGGAUUGGUGCUUGGAAUUUUCCAUUUUUGAACAUAGCAUGGAAAGCUCUUCCUGCUUUAGCUUGUGGAAACACACUGGUAUAUAAACCUUCACCUAAUACACCAAUCACAAGUGUAGUUUUUGCUGAGAUAAUGGCAGAUGUUGGUCUUCCAGCAGGUUGUUUAAACAUAGUACAAGGUGAUGGUGAGGCUGGUCAGUAUUUAUGUGAACACAAAGAUAUUGCUAAAGUAUCAUUUACCGGAAGUAUUUCAACAGGCACAAAGAUAAUGGCAGCAUGUGCACCCACUUUAAAGAAAUUGACACUGGAAUUAGGAGGCAAAUCUCCACUUGUUAUAUUUGAAGAUGCUGAUAUUGAUAAUGCUGUGCAAGGUGCGCUUAUGGCGAAUUUUAUCAUACAAGGAGAAGCUUGCUCCAAUGGUACAAGAGUGUAUGUGCAUGAGUCAAUAUUAGACAGCUUUCUUGAAAAAGUUGUAGAAGCAACAAGAAAUUUAAAUAUUGGUGACACAAUGGAUGCUCGGACUCAUAUUGGUGCAUUGAUCAGUCUUGAACAUUUAGAAAAAGUCCAAGGUUUUAUCAAUAGAGCUGUAUCUGAGGGAGCCAAGAUUUUAUGUGGCGGUGAUAAGCCUAAGUUUGAGAAUCGAUCUUUUGCAAACGGAUACUAUAUAAAUCCAUGUAUUAUGACACACUGUCAUGAUGGUAUGGAAAUUAUAAAAGAAGAGCACUUUGGACCUAUUAUGUGUGUCAUGCCAUUUUCUAAUGAAGAAGAAGUUUUAAAUAGAGCAAACAGUAGCACAACUGGUCUUGCUGCAGGUGUAUUUACAAAAAAUAUUUCAAGAGCUCACAAAUUUAUAGCUAAACUUCAAGCUGGUUCUUGUUAUAUAAAUACAUACAAUAUGUAUCCAGUGCAAGUACCAUUUGGUGGCAAUAAGAUGUCUGGUAUUGGUCGUGAAAAUGGAACACAAGUAAUUGAACAUUAUACACAAACAAAGAGUGUUUAUGUUGAACUGAACGAAGUUGAUAGUAUAUUUAAAUAAUUCUUUUUAUAUUUUUAUAUUCUUAUUUUUUGAUUAAAAAUUUUUUGUUUUGUAAA